GGUGGUCGUGGUGGUCGUAGUGGUCGUGGUGGUGGUCGUGGUGGUGAAGCCGCCGCUCGUUCUUCUCACUCGGGCGGAUUUUCCAGUCCGCCUGGUCACGCGCCGAACCCGUCGGGCAGCAACUCGGACCGCGCGCGUGGGAAGGGGCCGCCACGUGUCGCGAGCCGAGCCCUUGCGCAACCAACACAGGAACGCGUCUCCUCCUCCCCCUCCAGCCCUGCGCGCCCCGCACGCAGAGGACGACACCUCGAGACCCCCCCAACCCCCCUCCUCCUCCUCCUGCUCCGUGCGCAGUUCUCCGGCGAUCGCUCGGCUCACGAGCCGCACCCGAAGGCCUCCCCAGCCGCGCGGCCACCGCUCGUACGCGAGAAUUGUUUUGGGGCCGUCUUCCAUCACCACGCUGCUCACUCAGUGCGGCGUGUGGGUGGUGGUGGUGGUGGUGGAGGGACGUGCUGGCAGGGCUGGUUCUCAGCAUCUCCAGUCGCCACUGAUGAUGCAAAGACGACGAUGACCGUGGCUCAGUGGCUGGGAAGCUGAUCUUGGGUUUGUGUGUUGACCGGGUUCGUUCCUAGCGCGGCUGCGUUGAUAACCGCUACUCCACGUACAGCCGAAUUGCUUGACUCAACUACUUGAGUGUGGAUGCUAUUUUAUAUAUUUGUGGUAGAAUAAAUUAUCUAAUUAAAGCAACCACGCUGAAGGCGGCUGCCGAGUAGGCGAGCGGUGAAGAUUACCACAAGUCGCAGUAAUCUGAUAUUAACCCAAAGUAGGUCUAACCGUUGACAGAGUCAUUAUAACUUAAUUAUAACUUUUUUACUCUGUGUAUGGGUGAGUCAAUCGUAUGUGUGUGUCAUAUGAAUAUUUAAAGUCCGAACGUAAUUGAGGGGCGACGGACGACACGAAACCGACGGAGCCCCACUGCGGAGCGCGGCGUUGGGUGGAGCCAGAGCCCAUAGCAGAGUCUGAGUCGUCCACCACCACCACCAUCGUCCACCACCACCAUCGUCCACCACCACCACCAUCGUCAUGACCACGAGCUGGCUCCAGUGCAGUCAUCAUUCUCAUCACACGAGGCCGCUAAGUCCGCUCCGACACCCGACGCUUGGUUACCCCACCCACGUGAGCACGAGGAGGAAGCUGAACGUUUCGUUACUCAUUCCUGAUUUAACAGCUGCGGGGUUCAUGAAUCAGUAACCCAGCGGCAGCAGCAGCGGCAGCAGGAGGUGAUUGCUGCAGUGGGGCCGUCGACGUGACUCCAGAGUGGCAGCCUGACCCCAACUUCAACUGCGGGCGGUGAUGGCAGAAGCCAGCGGUUGCUGGGCCUCGUUCAGGGAACGAUGCUGCUACUGCCGCCGAGCGCACGACACUCGCGAAGUGGAUUCAGGGGGCGACCAGGUUGACCUUAGACAUCCCGAGCCGCAGCCGCUUCCGAGUGACGACAAGGUGGAUGAGGAGGUGGCGUUCGUUGCUCUGCACGACUACAAGGCGAGGGCCCAGGUGGACAUGAGCUUCAAGAAGGGCCAGAGAUUCCGCAUCAUCGAGAGGACAAACGCCGACUGGUGGCUGGCUCGCCCAGAGGAUGUGGACGAGGAGGCUACAAGAGGCUACAUCCCGGCCAACUACAUCGCCCCCGCGCUCAGCCUGGAGGCCAUGCCGUGGUACUUUGGGCUGAUGCAGCGGCAGGAGUGCGAGAGGCUUCUGAAGAAGGAGCCCAGGCAAGAGGGAAGGUUCCUGGUGCGCGCCAGCCCCUCGCGCCCCGACUCCUACUCGCUCUCCGUGUACGCGCAGAGCGAGGUGGUGCACUACCUCAUGACGAGGGGACCGGACAGGCGCGUGAGCAUCCAGGAUGGCCUGGCCUUCGCCUCCGUGCUGCAGCUGGUGGGGCACUACCUGGAGGCGCCCGACGGGAUGGUCUGUCCCCUCGGCCCGCCCUGCGAGAAGGAGUACGUGCCAACCAUCAGCAGCCUGAGCCCGGAGCUGUUCAACGAGUGGGAAGUGCCACGCGAGUCCAUCGAGCUGGGCGAGAAGCUGGGAGCGGGCCGGUUCAGCACCGUGUUCGAGGGCCGGUGGAACGGUCGCAUCAGAGUGGCCGUCAAGAUCUUCAAUGUGGAUUUGGGGCAGAUGGAGGGAUCCUGCAGCGACGAAGGCAACGGCCAGCGCGCAUCGUCGCAAUCCACGACCCCGAAGGAUUUCCUGAGCGAGGUGAAGAAGAUGACUCUUUUCAAGGACGAGAACGUCCUCAAGAUCUUCGCCAUCUGCCAGGACCGCUCCGCCUGCUGGAUCGUCACAGAGCUCAUUCCGAACGGCAGCCUCCAGCUGUACCUGGGCCGAUGCAGGCAGGAGCUGGGCCUGGCGGACAUGCUGUUCAUGGCGCACGGCGUCGCCUCGGGCAUGGAGUACCUGGAGAGCAACAAUUACAUCCACUGCGACUUGGCGGCCCGCAAUGUGCUCGUGGGGGACGCCGGAAUCUGCAAGGUGGCCGACUUUGGGCUCGCCCACUUCCUGAAGGGUGACUACUACCAGAUCGCGGACGGCAUGCACGUGCCCAUCCCAUGGACCGCCCCGGAAACCAUAGAGCAUGGCGUGUACACGCGCGAGUGCGACGUGUGGUCAUUCGGCGUGGUCCUCUACGAGAUAUUCACCUUCGGGGCGAUGCCAUACUCAGGGAUGACGAUGCAGAACGUCCAGUACUUCGUCUGUACAGGGGGCCGGCUGGAGAAGCCGGAAGGCUGCCCAGACGCCGUGUACCGGAUCAUUCUCAAGUGCUGGCACGCGGAGCACAGGAAGAGGCCGUCCUUUGCAGACCUCAAGCCAGAGCUGCACAGAGUCUCACUGGCUUACCAGCGUGAAAAGGGCGGCUUUUAAACGUCGCAGAAACUGGGGGACUUUAAAGAAAGCCCUUCGAGUCCGACCAGGAACUUGCACGUGGACUAUGCACUCACGAGUGGCCAGGUGGGUCGUCAUGGCCGUGCGGGAGGCAUUGAGCCGAUGCUGCUGGGAAUCGGGUUUUGGGAUCACGGUGUUUGUUCUCGGCCACCCGUGCGAUCGAAUCGGCUUCAGUCCACAUGUGGCUCGGAGGUCAGAGCGCCGGGCCGGGACGGCUCAGCUCCCGGGUUCUGAUCCUGGCAGCCAGCCACUUGCAUGCAGCUAAACUGGGUUCCCAAGUACAGUGAGUUGAUGGUCUCAGCUCUUUGACCAAAAACUUACGUAGAGACCCGUAGACUCACACUGAGUUGCGAUUAAACUAGGUCCUCAAGUAUAGUGAGUUGGUCUCAGCUCCAUCACUAAUGAUUGCACAACAACACCAUCAAACAUGAUUAAGUUUGGUUUUUCACUCACAUUUUGUCAAAAAUUAGUUCUGAGAUUUAAAAACAUCAGUUCGGCUGUCGAGCAAUGCUCGCAUGUGGCAGGGAGGGUGGGAAAUAAUAUUGUCGAAUAUUAAAACAAUAUAAUAACGUUGGCUUAUGUGCUAUGAAGAAGGGUGAUUGCCCGAAAGAUCAACGAUUAUACAUUCUUAUUAUGUAUAACAAGCUGUAAAAUGGGCUAAAUGGGGAUGUUCAUGGCAAUAUUGGGGCUCUUGGUAAGGAAGUGGAUCAAGCAGCAGGCACAGCCACAACCCCGGCACUCACGGCGGCAUUUGGAGGACGCCACUGCCGCCCCCUGCACUACAGGGGACACGUUCUUGUCGCGAGAGACUCUCCGGCUGCGGUGGCCGAUCGCGAUCCACGCGUGGACGACCACAAAAUAUCCCGUUGGGAUCUGGGGAGAAUGAGCGGGGACCGUGUGGGCGGCGCAGCGUCAUGAGCGGUCAUUGUUCUUGUUCUUAUUGUUGUGAGAUAUCGGGGACCGCACGGAAUGACCCCUUUCAGCAGAUGCGCUCCUCUCCUGCCCAUCGACAGGCAUGGCCACCAACUGCUGUGGGCCUGGCUGUGUAUGCGAGUAACUCGAUUUCACCUGCGAGUGGACAUGCAGGCACGCAGCAAUUCCACACAUGCUCCGGCCACGAGCAGACGUCCCACGGAUUGCCAACCAUUCGCAGUUGCGACUCUCUCUUAUCGGUUUCUCUACGGACUCGUUUGUAUUGUUUCAUGUAUUACCAUUUCAAUAGUACUGUUUUGCUUGUACUGUUCCAUGUAUAUUUAUUCGAUUCGCUCCCAUGCGGUUGGUUAAACUAGCACAAAUGUGGGUCUGUAAAUGCGGUGAUUUUUUCCUAUAAUUGUUUACUCCCGUUUGUAUUAUUUCUCGAUUUGGCUCAUUUGUAUAGUCAUUAAUACCCAAUAAGCCUACAUUUAAAUUAAUUGUAAAUAGUGUAUUCUAUUAGCUUCGAUUGUUUUACAUGUAUCAUGAAUCGGUGUCUUAUGUCAUGCGUACUCAUGGCACGGUAGGAUAUUAAACAACCUGUGAACGGAGUGAAGCUCCAUGGCAGACUUCAAGUGGCAGACUGCAAGCCACAGCCGGGAGGCCACGGUGGUGGUGGUGGUGGCUACGCUGCUGCACGAGGCAGCUGUGCCCAGCGUUGUGGAGGAGGCAGCAGCAGCAGCAGCAGCAGCGAGGGUUGGUGGAUCACCACACAGAUCCUGUGAAACUCCUGUCCUGUGGGCGUCGAGGUGCCAUACCCCCCAGGCACAGCAACAAUGGGGACUCCAGCUGAUCCGUCUGCGUGGAACGGAGCGUUUCCCCCUCGUGCGCUUGCUUUCCUGCCAUGGUUUGCACACUGGACGAUGCGGUUCAGGAUGUGUGGUCCAUGAGCUUAUCGGCGGGAGAUCUCAGCCAGGAGUCUCCUCUCACGAGGUGUUCGUGACUUCUUGUGGAAGUCCAUUGCUGCCAUCCGAGCACCAUCAGGGUUGAACUCACUUUGUCGAAGGUUGAGCGACCUCAAACGGUGGUGCGGAAGGUUCUUGAUGGCCUGGUGUAUGGGUAAACGGACGUGUUCCACCACAUCGCAGUGUAGGACCAAUGUGUAAUAACCACGGACACACAACUUCCCACUUCCUGAUAAUCUUGGUUAGUAUUACACCACUCGCAAAACAAUAAAACAACCGGCUGACUAUUUAAGUGAGAA